AUGGCUGAUCAUAGUAGGACAAUGAAGGAGCUUGCAGCUCCUGAUGAGGCAUUCAAGUAUUCAUGCAUCACUUAUCCAACCUUGGCAGGAGAUUUUGAGUUGAGAUCAGGAUUGAUUCAUUUGCUUCCGAAAUAUCAAGGAUUGUCUGGAGAAGACCCAAAUAGACAUUUGCAUGAAUUCCAUGUGGUAUGUUCAACCAUGAAGCCACAAGGAAUUUCAGAAGAGGAUAUCAAGCUAAGGGCUUUUCCAUUUUCACUUACUGGAGCAGCAAAAGAUUGGUUGUAUUAUUUACCACCGGGAUUUAUCACUUCUUGGAUUGAUAUGAAGAAGGCUUUCUUGGAGAAAUUCUUUCCAGCCUCAAGGACUGCAACUAUUAGGAAAAGCAUCUGUGGGAUUCAACAAGUGGUGGGAGAGACACUUUAUGAUUAUUGGGAGAGAUUCAAGAAAUUAUGUUCAAGUUGUCCUCAACACCAAAUUAGUGAGCAGUUGCUAGUUCAAUACUUUUAUGAGGGUUUGUUACCUAUGGAUAGAAGUAUGAUAGAUGUAGCGGCUGGAGGAGCUUUAGUGAACAAAACUCCAGAACAAGCAAGGGAACUAAUUUCGAACAUGGCUGAAAAUUCACAGCAAUUUGGAAGUAGAGCACUCACGACCAGAGGAGUUGGUGAAGUUCAAAUGGUUUCAAAUGAUCAAAAGGAGAUAAAAAAUUUAUUGAUGGAAUUAACGACCUUGGUGAAACAACUAGCUUUGAACAACGCAACGCAAUCUUCUAAUGUGCCAACUAUGCAAUUUCCAUGUAAACAAAGUGUAGUGUGUAGCAUUUGUUCAAGUCAAGAUCACCUUUCAGAACUUUGUCCGAAUCUCCAUCAGGAUGAGUCUUUGGCAGCCUUUUCUAGAGCCCAACUCCAACAAAAAUAUGAUCCUCAUUCUUCUACAUACAAUCUGGGUUGGAGAGAUCAUCCAAAUUUGAGGUAUGGUAAUUCGUUUUAUCAACAACCAUCUUCGAAUCAGCCAAAUCAGCAGCAUAAUCAGAAUUUUCAGCAAGGUUUCCAGCAGCAUCAGCAAAGUUUUCAGCAGCAUUACCACCCUACAAAUCAAUAUCAGCAAUCGUAUCAGCCUUAUCAGCAAUUUCAGAAUCAGAAUCAGCAUUAUCAAUCUCAAAAUCAGAAUUUCCAGCAAGGGCAGAAUUGGCCACAGCAAGCAAUUCCAGCACCUGUAAGAUUGAGUUUAACUCAAGGAGGUUCCAAUAAUGCUUCAAAUUCAGAUCCACAGCAAGCUAGAUUGGAGGAAUUGAUGCAACAAAUCCUUCAGCAAAAUCAGAACCAGCAAAGAACAGAUUCUGCUCUUCAAAAUUUAGAGAGGUAGAUUGGGCAAUUGGCUUCCAGCAUAAAUCAGAUUCAAGCACAAGGAUCAAGUCAAUUACCUUCCCAAACAACUCCUAAUCCAAAAGGGAAUGUUAGUGCAUUAACUUUGAGAAGUGGAAGAAGAAUUUCAGAGAGUGCAAGUGAUGAAGAUCCAGCAAAUCAGGAAUUUUUUCUAGCAGAUCCGCAACUAAUUUCCAGCAUAAAUGAAAUUCCAGAGGUUAGAAAUGUGCCAACUUCAAGUUCUAUUCCAAUUCACAUUGAUCCAUUAAAUUUGGAGCAUUCACAAGGAGAUGGAAGCUUAAUUUCGAAAAAUUCCAGCAGCUUUUGUCCAGCUGAGCCAGUUCCAGCAAGAACCCCAUAUUUCAACAAAUCUGGAAUUUCAGAGUAUCAACAGUCAACUCAGAAAGAUUCAGAUCCGAGCCUUCCCUUACCCUUUCCUCAACGCAAAGUUCAACCAAGAAGAGAUGCAGAGGAGGAGAAAGCUAAGGAGUUUCAAGAGCUUGUGGAUUUAUUUAGUAAGGUAGAGGUUAAUGUCCCCUUACUCACAAUGAUUAAGCAAAUUCCAAAAUAUGCAAAAUAUUUGAAGGAUCUUUGUGUGCAUAAGAAAAAGUUGAAAGGGAAUGAGCUAAUUAGCAUGGGCAAAAAUGUAUCUGCACUCCUUCAAACAGUCCCUCAGAAAUGUGAAGAUCCUGGAGUCUUUACAGUUCCUUGUGAGAUUGGGAGUAGUCUUUUUAAAGAUGCCAUGUUGGAUUUGGGAGCUUCAAUAAAUGUGAUGCCAAAAUCAGUUUUUCAGACUUUGGGCAUUGGACCAUUACAACCUACAGGAGUAGUCAUUCAAUUAGCUGACCGCAGUCAGACUCACCCAGCCGGAGUUAUUGAAGAUGUAUUGGUUAAGGUGAGAGAACUCAUUUUCCCUGCAGAUUUUUAUAUUCUUGAUAUGGAGGGAGACUAUCUGGCCAGUAGAUCUCCACUCAUUCUAGGACGACCAUUUUUGAAGACUGCAAGAACCAAAAUUGAUGUUCAUGCGGGCACACUUUCUAUGGAGAUAGGUGAUACAGUGGUCCGAUUCAGUAUUCUUGACGCUAUGAAGCAUCCUAGAGAGGAUCAUUCUAUUCUUAGUUUGGAUAUCUCAGAGGAGCUGGAUAGUGUGGAUUUCUUUUCAAUGAUUGAUUCAGAUUUUGCAAAGAUUGGUUCAAGUGAUGUUUUGACUACAGUUUUCGAAAAUGAUACAAAUUUGGGAGUGGAUGAUAGGUCAUGUGGAUUAUUUCAUAGAGAAGAAGAAGUAUGCGUAGGGGAUUGCUUAGGAGAAGCUCUAUCCCUAGAAUCGUUCAGAGAAGAAGAAGUAUGCGUAGGGGAUUGCUUAGGAGAAGCAUUACCCCUGGAAUCGCCUUCUAUUGAUCAGACACAGGAUGAGUUGAAACCACUUCCUCCACAUUUGAAGUAUGCUUACUUAGGAGAGAACCAGCAGUUACCUGUCAUCAUAGCCCAGAAUUUAGAACCAGAAUAAGAAAGCAGAUUAUUGGAGGUUCUGAGACAGCACAAGAAGGCCAUUGGAUGGACAUUAGCAGAUAUUCCUGGUAUCAGUCCUUCUAUUUGCAUGCACAGAAUUUAUUUGGAGGAGGGUGUGAAGCCAGUGAGACAGCCCCAGAGAAGACUUAACCCACUGAUGCUUGAUGUAGUAAAGAAAGAGGUGACUAGACUUCUACGGGCAGGUAUCAUUUACCCUAUUUCUGAUAGUAAGUGGGUAAGUCCUAUUCAUGUGGUACCAAAGAAAUCUGGAGUAACAGUUGUGGCUAAUGAAGAGAAUGAGUUGGUGCCUAUCAGGGUGAAGAAUUCAUGGAGAGUUUGUAUAGACUACAGGAAGUUGAACCAGGCAAGCAGGAAGGACCAUUACCCUUUGCCUUUUAUUGAUCAGAUGUUGGAGAGAUUGGCGGGUAAGUCACAUUAUUGCUUCCUUGACGGUUACACAGGAUAUUUUCAUAUUUGCAUCGCACCAGAGGAUCAGGAGAAGACUACUUUCACUUGUCCUUUCGGUACAUUCGCUUAUAGACGUAUGCCAUUUGGACUCUGCAACGCUCCAGGAACCUUUCAGCGGUGCAUGGUGAGUAUUUUUGGAGAUUUAUUAGCGCAUUGCAUGGAGGUUUUUAUGGAUGAUUUUUCUGUAUAUGGUUCAUCUUUUGAUGCAUGUCUAGGAAAUUUGUCUAGGAUUUUAGAUAGAUGUAUCGAGACAGACUUGGUACUUAAUUUUGAAAAAUGUCAUUUUAUGGUUGAGCAUGAUAUUGUUUUAGGACAUAUAGUCUCUAGGAGAGGAAUUGAGGUAGAUCCUGCUAAAAUUAGUGCUAUAUCUUCUUUAUCUUACCCUGCAUGCGUGCGGGAUGUUCGAGCUUUUCUUGGUCAUGCAGGAUUUUACAGGAGAUUUAUUAGAGACUUCAGCAAGAUUGCUCUUCCACUGUCACAGCUUCUUCAAAAAGAUGUGGAGUUUCAAUUUGAUCAGAGGUGCAAGGAAGCUUCUAAGAGAUUGAAGGAGGCUUUGAUUCUGCACCUAUCAUCAGGCCACCGGAUUGGACAUUACCAUUUGAGCUUAUGUGUGAUGCUUCGAAUUUUGCCAUUGGGGCAGUUUUGGCACAGAGAGUAGAAGGAGCACCACAUGUGAUCUGCUAUGCAUCGAAGACUUUGGAUUCGGCUCAAGCCAAUUACACUACGACAGAAAAGGAGCUUCUUUCUAUUGUUUUUGCUUUGGAUAAAUUUCGUUCAUAUUUGCUUUGUUCUCACGUGGUUGUAUUUUCUGAUCAUGCAGCUUUGAAGUUUCUCCUCAAGAAGCCUGAUGCUAAGCCCAGAUUGAUUAGAUGGAUGCUUCUACUCCAGGAGUUUGAUUUGGAGAUUCGUGAUAGGAGUGGGAAGGAGAACUUGGUUGCAGAUCAUUUGAGCAGAAUUGAAGGGGAACUAGAUCACACAGCUAUUGAUGAUGAUUUUAGAGAUGAGCAGCUUUUUAGGGUUCAUGGCAUCAAAGGAUCUUGGAUUGGGAUGAAUCUGAACCAAACUUGGGCUCAAAUCUUGGGCUUAAAAGAGCGAUCAAGCUCUGGAUUGAUUUGGACCGUCCAUUGAAGAUUAGUUAGAUCUGAGCCAUCCAUCAAGCAUCUGGUUCAUCCAACCUAAGGAGGGGUAGAUCUGGACCAUUGAUGAAGAUCCAGAGAUUUUUAUCUAGAUCUAAGCUCAUCCAACCGUUGAUCAAGCCCGGAUUUUUCUGGACCGUUGGAUCAGAUGAGGUGAGGUUUAAAAACGUUGAGAAGCUACAGUAGCUCCUGGGCUCGAUUUCGCGACGCAAUCACUAUUCCAUCUCCUUCUCCGCGCGACGCCGCAGCUCCCAUUUUCUUCUUCAGAUCUAGACCUUGAUUCCAACUACAACAGCGAACUCAGGACUCUACGGCAAUUAGCAAGUGUUGAGCAACAUCACAAUCCAAGGGCGUUCUCUAGAUUGCAAUCAUUCGCGUUCCGCAUCACCCUCGGAUCCAAGGGCGUUCCCAAGAUCUGAGGUUUUCUGGCGUUCAAGGAGCUUUACUAGAGUUCUCCAGUAGUUCCUUCAAUCGUUAUUCUUUCAUUUUCAUUCGGAGUUCUUUAAAUCGGAUUGAUCAGUCGAUUCUAGCUCCGAGCACCACUUCCAUACUCUGUUCUUCACGCGAAAGGAUCUCCAGCCACAAGGGAGUUCUCUGCGGCUUGGAGGUUUUUAGCCACUAGCUGAAGAUUUCAGAGGAAGCUGUUGCGAGCCACAAGGGCGUUCUCUGCGGCUUCUUCGCAAAUCAGCGACGAGAAGGAAUUUUGGUCUUUGAUCUGGAGUUGAGAAUGUUUUACAGUGUUUUCUUUUCCUAGAUCUUAGAUUCAGUUGUAGAAUUUUAUUGUUUCUGUUUGUUUCAUUGAACACAACCCAUUUCUAAAUGUUGCAGUUCUAAGUUAGUUUAGAAUUAAA